AUGCCUAUCGCUACAGGAACCUUAAUUGCACUCGGAGCAGCAGGUGCUGCCGGUGCUGCUGCAUACCGAAACAGUAAGAACAAGCGUUCGUCAUCCAUGGAUCAAGGCAUCAAUGAUAUGACACCCCUUGCAAUGGGUCGUCGGAAAUCAGGUGGUAUCCAAAAUGAUGGCUAUGAGCCAAGAGGACAGGCUGAACUGUUUUGGCGCCGAAAUAACGGAAUCAAUUUGAGCCACAAUGCCGACAAGAAAUUCCCUGCCGACGUACGCCAAAGCUCCUUGAAAUAG